UGGAGGCGUAGUGGAGUUGGGGAUGGGCACUGAAACCCAGUUGCAGAAAAGGGAAGCAAGAAGCCAAACCCUAAUUAAGCGAAGCCAAGCGAGAUCGAGGGAGAGGGAGAGAGAGAGAGAAAGAGAGAGAAAAAAGGGAAAUUUUUAGUCUGGAUGGUUUAAGAAAUCGAGGAAAAGGUUGGGUUGUUUGGUGGAGAGAUCCAUGCAAUAAUUGGCAACGAAUGCAGCUCUCGGGAUUCCCACCACCCUCGACGAGUUCCAAGAUAUUGUUUUGAUUUAUUUUGACGCUUUUGAAGGUUUUGUCUGGUGGGAGCUUGGAGUUGGAUUCUCCUUGAAUUUUUGUUGUUUUUAAAUUUUGAAGGUUUGGGUGGUGGUGUGGGAGUGAAUUAGAGCUGGAAAGGAGAGAUUUUUUUUGCUUUGAAAAUCUUUGUUCGUGAGCUGGAGCAUGAGUUCAAAAUGAUGAGUUUCGCAGAAACUCCAUUUUGAUCCUGCAGCAAGGUUUUGUGAUGAGUUAGUGUUUGUUGGAUCUUUUCCUUGGAAAUGGCUGCGGAUUCAAACAUGAAUUUUCACCAAGGAUUGAUUCCUUCUUCUUUCUACAAUAGCCAUUUGGUGUCUUUUCAGUCGGGAACUGUGAACAGUAGUACAGGGAUGGUUCCGGGAGGGAUGAACAGUUCCGGAGCCAUCAGCAGUAGCACUGGAAUGCUCCUGUCCGGUAAUCCAACCAUGAUGGGAAAUGGAUCCUCAGUGAUUCUUCCCAGGACCGCUUCUGGCAAUAAUAUCCUUUUUGAUCCACUACCAGGUCUCAAGCAUGAUACAGGAUUGGCUGUUGAUUGGUCCUUGGAGGAACAGGCCAUAUUGAGGGAGGGUCUUGACAAAUAUGCUAAUGAACCUAAUAUCAUGAAGUACAUCAAGAUAGCAGCCAUGCUGCGUGAAAAAACUGUGAGAGAUGUUGCAUUGAGGUGUCGAUGGAUGACGAAGAAAGAAAAUGGUAAACGGCGGAAGCCAGAAGAAUGUUAUAUGGGGAAGAAGAUCAAAGAUAGGAAGGAAAAAAUGGUGGAUUCUUUCCCAAAGGUGAAUAUCAGUUCAAUUCCAUCAGGCAACAUGCUCGGCUAUGCUCAUUUGAUGCAACGUAUGACUCAUAAUAGGUUCUUGCGUGAAGGCCCAGCAAUUGAUGGUGCAACUAAGAAUCUUUUGGAUGAAAAUUCUCGAGUCCUAAGCCAAAUUUCAUCUAAUCUGGAGACAUUCAAGUUACAGGAUAAUAUAAAUCUUUUCUAUCGCAUGAGAAACAAUGUUGCAACAAUCCUCACAAGCAUGAGUAAGAUGCCUGGAAUAAUGAGCCAGAUGCCUCCAUUGCCGGUUUCAAUAAAUGACGACCUUGUCAACGUCAUUAUACCUGGUGCAAAUCAGGCAUAUUUUUUCAGAACUCGCAGUGCAUCCUCUUAAAGCAAGAGCCAGCAUGCUGGCUACUUACCAUCGGCGGGUCGUGAUCGGUUGUGUAAUUAGGUGAAUUCUUCUGUAAAUGCUGGGAAAAAUGGUGGUGCUUGCACCCUCAUGUACAAAUGCCCGCCACGAGGAACUUGUAAAGAAUCCCAUGCUGGAAUUUGAAGCAAUACUGAGCUAUUUAUCCAAGCGCCAGAUAAUAAAGCCCUCUUCCCCUGUACUCGAGUAUCUUCAGAUACACCCGGUAUUUAGUCGACAACUACGUCUAUGUAACUUCAUGAGAGAGGGAACCCUGGAACAAAAUUAUUUUUUAGGUUCUUGAACAUAAUCAAUUCUUUUACUUAGUUUUCGUUGUCCUUUCCUCUCUAGCAAAAUCAUAAAUAUCAAUACGCACUACUAUUCCUCCUAGGGCCGAUGAAUCUCAAUACGAUGUACUAUUUUUUAUUGUAAAUGUAACUAGAGAAGAAAUCAUCCCAAAUAUCGACAGAUGGAAUUCGUCAAACUGAAAGCAAGGAUCUUUGCAAUGGUGGUGUGCCUUUAAAUGAAUGUGAAACAUUGUAUCUGCUAUAUCCUUGCGAAAAUCUCAUCAAUAGCGGUGACGAUGUUGUCGUAGCAUUCUUGUACUACAGCUGCAUCCUUGCUUCUCGCCGCGUAAUCUAGCUGUAUGUUCAGAAUCAGCAGAAAUAUCUGUAUCAAAUGUUGUGCAAAUAUUACAGUGAACUAUGUAUGCCAUAGCUUGUUACCCUGGACACAUUGUUGAAGAGAUUGGAAUAAAGUUUUCUUAGAA